CGCCCCGGCGUCCCUUGCGCCGGCACCGGGGCCCGGCCGAGGCGGCGGCGCUGGGGCCGCGGGUGCGUGUGCGGCGGCGGAGCAACCCCCGGCCCGGGAGAUGGAGCCGGUCCUCGGGCGGCGGUGGCAGAAGGUGCUGUACGAGCGGCAGCCCUUCCCCGAUAACUACGUGGACCAGCGGUUCCUGGAAGAGCUGCGGAAGAACGUGCACGCGCGGCGGUACCGGUACUGGGCCGUUGUCUUCCAGUCGGGAGCGGUGGUGCAGCAGCUGUGCAGCGUCUGCAUCUUCGUCGUCACCUGGUGGUACAUGGACGCCGGGAUGCUGAGCCCGCAGGGGCUUUUCGGGGCGGCCCUGGUCACCUCCCUGCUUGGCUACAUCCUCUUCGACGCCGUGGACGGGGGGGCCGGGCGGCGGGAGAGUGGGCGGACGCGGUGGGCUGACCUGAAGAGCACGCUGGUGUUCACCGCCUUCACCUACGGCUUCUCACCGGUGCUGAAGACGCUGACAGAGUCCAUCAGCACAGACACCAUCUACGCCAUGUCAUCCCUCAUGCUCCUUGGUCACCUCAUCUUCUUUGACUAUGGCGCCAACGCAGCCAUUGUCUCCAGCACGCUGUCCCUCAACAUGGCCAUUUUUGCCUCAGUGUGCCUGGCCUCCCGCCUGCCUCGCUCCCUCCACGCCUUCGUCAUGGUCACUUUUGCCAUGCAGAUCUUUGCUCUUUGGCCCAUGCUGCAGAAGAAGCUGAAAGCCCAGACACCCCAAUGCUAUGUGGGGGUGACUCUGCUCUUCACACUGGUGGCGCUGGUGGGGCUGGCCACCGUCUCCAGCGUGGGUGCCGUGCUCUUCACAUUGCUGCUGCUCGCCAUCUCCUGCCUGUGCCCUUACUGCCUCAUCCGCCUUCAGCUGCUCAAGGACAACAUCCAUGGGCCGUGGGAUGAGGCUGAAAUCAAAGAGGACCUCUCCAGGUUCCUCAUGUAGGCCUGGCUGGGGGGGACAUUCUGCUGUAAGCAGUGCAAAGGUCUUUUCUGGGGGACAGCUCUGGGGAGAGGAUAUCAGCCCAAUAAACCUCUCGCACAGCAGCAAGGACCACA